UGGAUGACACCCACAUUCGUGAGCAAUUAAACAGAAAACACUUCACUACUCAGCAACUCAACCAGGCGACAGACCUGUGCCGAGGAGUGACACAAUGAUCCUGCUGUUUGCUUUGAUUAUGUGUCAGUGGGCGAAUGAAGCUGCAGCUCAGAGCGGGGCCGUGCAGAGGAUAGAGACCUGCGGCAUCAAGUGCUCUCAGGGCCUUCAGUGCACGUCGAAGCCACACUACUGGUUUCCGGCUCUAUGUCGAAGCGUUCCUAACGGUUUCAACAGCUCCUCUGUCAUCAAAAACGUCAGCCUCUCAACAGUCAUGAUGUGCGAGGGGAAGCAGAAGUGUUCGUUGCACCUCCGAAUUAGAACAACGUUACGACUCAGUGAGUUCAUCCACGGCUUGUCUGUCUGCACAAUGACUGCAGGGAUGAUGGGGAGCUGCAAACUCAUCAGCUUCACCAGAGCAUCCAGAGAGAUGAUGACUGGACUGCUGGUGGAAGCUGAGAGCGGCUGUUCUGUCAUUUCGCCAACUCAGCAAGUGGUAGUAACGAUAAAAACCGAACCAAGUUACUGCGGCGCCAAAUCUCUGACCAACAUCUAUGAAGCUCCAGACUGCAGUAAUGAAGACUUCCAAAAGCAUGUCCCCCAAUGCAUCACUGGAAGACUUUCGUAUGAUGUAAAUCCAGAGAUGAAGACACUGAGUGUCAGCGUGUCAGACAUGCUGGAAGACGAGGACUACCACGUCCGUCUGUGCCACAAACACUUCAUCUGUAUGGGGACAGGGGUCCACACACUGAUAAGGAAAGAGGAACCCGUGAAGAAUGUCACUCUUCCCUAUUCCAGACCUUUGCCCUGUCUCUGUAUCGAGGGAUGGUCUGCUGUCACAGAUGCACCCAGAAUUCAGGUCUGCCCAUUCAAAAAUCGUCUUGGGGAGCUGUGGUCUGGCAUAAACUUUGACCCAGAAGAGGAGGCACUGUCAUGGGAACCACUUUGCCCUAUUACCGCUGUGGUAGCGUUGUGCCAGAGGAAGGCAAACGGAGUGUGCUCGGAUCUCCCCCACGCUUCCCAGGAUGCUAAAAGAAAAAAGGUAACAUUUGCUAAGGUGGACCCACACCCUCAACUGUGCAUAAAGUUUACUGUAGGCUCUCAGUUUUGGAUCAGAUGCCCCUUUGUUCAUGGGAAAUUCCAAGCGUGGGAGGUGGCUACGGCGACAAGACACGGUCAUCAAGAAGAAGUUACAAUUUUGUCAAAGAUCUCUGCAGCUUUUUCUGUCGGGCUGUGUAUGAAGUCUGAAGAGUCUCCCGAGUGCCAGUCUUCUGUCACUCACACUGUAUACGUGGAGAAACAUCAACAUGUUGGCUUGAACCUCACAUGGGGGCUUUGCAAAACAGGCUCUUGUUUCCAGGUGAAGAGACUGGAUGUGAAAUACGGUGCAACAGUCAUUCACUGUCUCCUGCACUGCAAUCAGUCAUCGGCCUAUUCAGAAGUGACCUGGAUUAUCGUGACAACUGGUGUUUGUCUCACUGUUGUCAUAAUAGUCACUCUGGUGCUGCACAUCCUGUUAACUGUAUAUCAGAGGAGGAAACAGAAGCAGCAUAGAUGGAACUCUGAUAAGCAAACAGAUUCUGCGCUCAACUUUGUAGUUCCUGCGUUAGAACCUGUUCUCGACAAACAGACCUUCAUACCCGAUUCGCCGCAAUGUGGGAACUUUGAGAGGGCCAUUCUACUCUCUGACUGAGGCAAUGCAAUGUACAGUUUGUAGAAGUGUUAAGAUGUUACAAGUCAAAGAACUUCUGUUUGAGCAGAAUGUAAAUAAAUGUAAUUUGUGUGCAUAUAUGCACAUUAGUAUACCUGAUGUAGCUUCUUGCUGAUGUAUUUUUGUGGCAGUGUUAACUUGUACAGUGCCAGUUUGUAAAACUUAUUAUGGAGCAACACUCAUGUGGGACAAGCCAUAACGCCGUGGUUCGUUAUACCCAAAUUGGUCCAAUUUGGGUAUAACAUAAGAGUUGUAAACUGCUUCCUAGGAGGUCCCAACCCUGUAGAAACCUCUCCGCAGCAUCGGUGGCAGGAUGGGCACCCCAACCAACUGGGCACCUGGGCACCCCAACCAACUGUGAAAACAGUCACAAACUUCAAAAUCAUAAGAGGCUACACACUGGUGUGGUGGUAUACCGUAGGGAGGUGGCAACACUACUCAUCCUGAUCUGAUCAGAACAUAUUCAUGGAGAAUGUGUGACGGAGGCCAGCAAGACUGGCUGUGCAUGUAGUAGUCAACAGCCAAAGGAUAUUCUGGCCACUUAGGCCAGAGCCCUGGUUUUAGCCGACUGGACAGAGUGUCCGCUUCCCAUGCCGGAGAUUGUGAGUUCGAGUUGUGAGUGGAAGGAGUCAAAAACACAAUGCAGGGCAGCUGUGACACAUGUAGCUAAAAUUUCAGGGUCUGUGCAAAAUAAAUUGUGUAUUUAUAAUAAAACAAUAAAAUGUUGUCAAACUGC